CUGAGGAAACCUCAGCAUUUUCAGGCCAUAAAUCACACAGGUGUCAUCAUGACACUCCACGCUGCAGCAAGAACAGCGAGAUGGGUGAUAAAAACCUGUACAUUUGGUGAGCCAUCAAAAAAGCCAACAGCUGAGGCAGCACCACAGCACCCGCAGUACAGACACGGGCACCACUGCUCAGGGCAGCACGUGGGGAGGCUGCAGAUGGCAGGGAGCGAGGACGCCGAGAGAGCCCGCUAUCACCACGGCGGCGACGAGGAGCGAGAGGGGGAUCCCGGAAGGAGACCGGCUUCCUCUCUCUCCGAGAGCGAGGCCCUUUUGGAUAAGGAUGAACACAGCAGCACGCAGUCCUCUCACCGGCUGCUGGCCUAUAGCGACGCUCUCAUUUCCAUCAUAGCAACCGUCAUGAUCCUGCCUGUCGCACACACCAAACUUGAAGAUGACGAGGAGUUGCAUCACAAUCUGGAGUUGCUCCUGACGACCAAGAUCGCCGUGUACCUGAUGAGCUUCCUCCUGGUCUCUAUGGCAUGGUCUGCCCAUACAAGGUUAUUUGAAGUAAUCACUCGAGUCGAUGACUGCCUCUCACUCUUGAAUCUAGCAUGUAUGAUGUUGAUAACGUUCCUUCCCUACACGUUUUCCCUGAUUGCUGCCUUCCCGGACAACAUCUUGGGAUUAAACCUCUUUUGCGCCUGUGUCAUGAUGAUUGGCCUGAUGCAGGCCGCCGUCGUCCUCUAUGGGUUCAGCCACCCGCGCUUCCUGAACGAGACGCACACGCUUCACAAAAGGCACAUUUUAAAAGUUAUCCUGAGAGUACCGCUCCUGUGCCUCAUCGCAGCCUCCGUCUCCUUUGUCUGCAUCCCCCUGUCAUUUGUCACCUUGGUCUUUGCUGUCUUCCUUCCCUACAUCUCUCAAUCUUUGAAACGGUGUUACAGAAAACUCAUUGGUAUGCAGACUGCGCCCCCAACUGAUGCCGUUGGGCACUACUCUUACCACCCCUGGGAGCCUCUUUCCAAAGAGCGUCUAGAAGGUUUCACUGACGGAGUCUAUGCCAUCGUAGCCACUCUCCUCAUUUUAGACAUAUGUGAAGACAACAUCCCAGAGCCCAGCGAGUUGAAGGACAGGUUCAAUGGCAGCUUGACUGUGGCUCUGCAGGAGUAUGGCCCCAACUUCCUGGCCUACUUUGGCUCCUUCGCCACAGUAGGCCUGCUCUGGUGUGUGCAUCACUCCCUCUUCCUGCAUGUGGUCAGGCCCACCCGCACUAUGGGGCUCCUCAACACCUUCUCCCUGGCUUUCGUCGGCGGCCUGCCCCUGUGCUACCAGCUGACCCACGAGCUGCCGCAGAGCUCGCUGAACGAGCGGGAGGCCGUGCAGAUCAGCUGCGUCAUCCUCUUCUUGGCCGGCUUCUUCCAGCUCGCCAUCUGGGUGGUGGCACUGGCGGCCGGGGGCGGGGCCCUGCACCCCUACGUGCAUUACCGCGGACGCAACCACGCCUUCAUGCUGGCCAAGCUGGCGCUGUACCCCUGUGCUGCCCUGGGCACCUUCUGCCUGGCCUCUGCUCCGGGCCGCUCCAGCGCCUUUGUCUUCCACCUGAUGGGAGUCACUGUGCCCUUAGCUUUCCUGGUGCUGCGCUACGCUGUACAAGCCUGGCUGGCUCUGCUGAGACUCCUGCGGUCCAAAUGGGAGGGGCCACUACGGGAAAGCCCCACCCCCUACCCCGUCACUGGGGCAACCUAACAGGAAGCAGCCAUAUAAGGAUAGAAACAUUCAUAAAAGGAGCAGUGAGGUGGUGGUUCUGUUGGACCUUUGCUCUUUAUUCAGGCUCACGUGACAAUUAGCUGUAUGUAUUCAUGAUAUGAAAUCAGUGUUUCUCAACUGGCAGGUCGCAGUGUGAGUGAUUUUUUUUUAUAAUAAAAGGUUACUUUUACCACAGUUACCCCUCGGGGCAACAACUUUUUUCGAUCACAACUUAACGAUCAUGGAAAAAUAUCAUAUUAACUACCAGGCCAUGUGUACAAAAUGUUGUUUAGAAAUGUAAAACUGCAAAAUACUUGAACAGAAAUGCAUUGAACACAUAAAACUGUUUCUCAGUAUAAUCAGCAUAUGUAUUUGUGACAUUUUGUGAAAACGGUUUAAGAUGGUUUAGCUAUUUUUCAUAUUUGAGUCGAUCACUUUUAUUCAUAAUUAAAAAUAACGGGUAAGUUAAAUCCAUCCACCUUCACAACAAAUAACCAAUUAUCCAGGACAAGGGGGGUGGGGGGUGAAGCCCAUCUACAAACACAGGAAACAAGGCCGGGGCAGUGGGUGGAGUGCCAGUCCAUCACAGGGUGCCCACGCCCCCAUCUGGUUUGCUGCUCCAUCCGCCUCUGGACAUGUAUCACUCAGGGGAGUACGCAGUCUGCGCUCUCGGAGAAAAACAAAUCAUUAGGGAUGGAGGAACACUGCACAUAUGUGUGCUCAUCCAUAACGUGGGGAGGGGCGGUGGAGGGAGAGCAGACCCCGCUGUAGACCUCGCAGACCAUCCAGCACCUCAUCAGUGAACUUUUCACAGCAUAAAACAGACCGUCACCGACCCUCCAUGAAGGUGCUCCUCACGACUGGGGUGGCGAUUCCAUAAAGGCAGCUCAACGAUCGCAGACAGAGUCCCUGCGUCUAUAACGCCGCCCCAGCCACAGCCGCACUGACCACACUGGAGCUGCUCUUGCCGCAUGUAGAAAGUCGCCUCAGCUGGCGAUUAGCUCACAGAAAAAAACCGUCCUGGACACCAGCCUGUCCUCCUCAAGCAGUGACCCUCCAGUAGCUGUUCUCCACAGGCCAAAUACCAGUCUGAGGCUGGAGGCGCUUCAGCGCCCAGAGCCCUAAGCUACUCUGCCUCACACUGGAUCACUGCAUCCAGACUGAAUGUGCAGUGCGUAAUAAACGACGCUGAGAAACAGAGUCUUGGAGACGAGCCGCUGCGUCUCGGGCUGACUGUGAGCAAGAAGAAACUGUUAGCCGUCAAGUGGCACGGGAUGGGCUGCAUCUUCAGGCUUAGGGUGAAGAUAAUAUCCUACAGCUGAUCUCAGUGAACGCUCUCCUCAGGCCAUCCAGGUAAACGCUACAGGGACUCCAACAGCCCAACAGACGACACCCUAACUCAGAACAAUCCUCACCUUUUUGAAUAAAAGUCACAAAGACCAUGUGGGCAUGUCAAUUCCUCACGCUCUCAAGAGAUAACCAGUCAUACCAGUCAGUUGCGGAACUUAAUCCUUGAAAUUUACAACGGAGUACCAGUUAUACUAGAUCAGGGCGGAACUCAAUUCUAAGGUCUUCCAUAGUCAUGAAGCUAAACUACCUCAG